UUUUUUGACAGUUUUCUACAGAUAACUGGUAGAUGACAUGUCUACGGCGGGAUAUUAUGAGAAUUUUGAAUUCAUCAUUUGUGUCAGUAAACUGAAUUAACAUAAUUAUGAAUUUAGUAACAAAAAUUAAAGCAGAUAUCUUCAAAGCGAUGCAAAAAAUUUUUCAUUAAAUUAAUUUUCUCAUUAAAAAAAUGAAAUAAAAAUUUUUAAAAUCAUCUAUUUCAUUGUGGGUAAUUUUUUAAUCAAAUUUUUUGUUGAAAUCAUGUAUUACGUAAUUGGAAAGCCACUGAAAUUGAGCGUUAAUCAACCUCGAUUUCAAUAUUAUCGAGAGGAAAAAGAAAGAAUGUUGAGAGAAAAACGUGAAAAAGUUCAGAAAAAAAGACAAAAUUUUGUACAUAAUCCAGGAGAUGAAAUUUCUUGUGAACCUUACAUGAUCGAUCUUCAAAAAGAAUAUUCAGAAGCCUCAAUUGAAUGUGAUUCGAAUUUUGAACUUCCCUGGGGAGACAUUGCUUUACCGCAUAAAAAAUUAGAAAUUCGACAAGAAGUAGAUAUCCAAAAUGGGCAAAAUAAUGAAACAGUAAUUGGAACUGAUGAUAAAAAUAAGGAACAAAAAAAACCGUCGGAUAAAAUAGAACUCCCUUGGAGUGACAUCAUUAUAGACGACAUGGUCGUCAAAUUUCAAAGACAACAACGUCAAAAUUUAAAAACUUGUGAUUCAUCUCUCGAGAUUCCUUGGGAAGAUUUUACUUUAGAAACACCAACAAGAAUUAAAGAUGUGCCGCAGGCAGAAACAUGUGAUCGAGAGGACAUUGAAAUUCCUUGGGACAACAUAAUACUCCCUAAAGAUAUUAUUAUUGAACCAAAAAUCAGAAAACAUCCAACAGCAAACACUCGACGUCUGAGAAAUAAUUUAGACUGUAAAAACUCGAGUUGCUGUGAUCGAUGUACCAAGGAAAAAAGAAAACAAUAUUAUCCGGUGGAUAACUAUAAACCAGUCUAAAAAGUCAAACUAUUUAGUAAAAAAAAUGGUGAAUUGUUUAUUGAGCUAAAUUGUUGGGAAUAAUCAAUAGUGAUUUAUUAUAAUACGCCUCCAGGAAUUCCCUUUGAAUCAAUCUCAUCAACGAUUCCAUGCAAAAUAAAUUCAUCGUUUUAUAUUCAUCAAGGGCGACUAUACGAAAUUAAUGCAAAAUAAAUUGCAAGAGA